AUGUCCUUCAAACUUAUCCAACAGAAUGCCUCGACCUUACUUUUUGGUGGGUUGACAUUCUUAGUCUUAAGCUCGAAAAAUAUUAUUAUUUAUAAUGAAGAAAUUCUCAUUGGUUUAAGCUUUAUUGCGUUUUUAAUUUUUAGUAGCAUUACUCUGGGAGAAAGUAUUCGCGAAGCUUUCACUUUCCGUAAAGAAACGAUCCAAAAAGAGUUACAAAAAUAUUUAGACGUGAAAGAAGCCUUAUUGCAAGAUCUUUUAACAGAGUAUAAGAAAGCAUUAUUGUUAGAGGGACAAGUGGCUCAGUUACGUGAACAAAGUUGUAAAGAACUCAGAACCCUACACUCAACACGAGAAGCAGGAUUACAAGCAACGUUUGCGACACAGUUGAGAAACAAAUUGCAGAUCCUUUCACAAAUUGAACAGAAAGGUCAAGAAACCGUCCAGAGAAAUUGGCAACAGGGGUUAAAGUAUGGUGUUUUAGAAGCCUUUCGACAGUCAAAAAAGACGGUAGGGCCACAACUCUUACACCAAGCGCUCGAACAAUUAAAGCAAGGACAACCCAAAUAG